AUGACCGAUUCAGAGAAAAAGAAUGAACUUAGACAUCGAAACGUUGGUUCCGAAAGUCAAUCAAAGAAUGUCGGACCUCCUAUAAUGAAUAUAGGACCUCCCGCUGCCGGUGGUUUUCCAGAAUUGAUUUGUGGUCGUAAUGAACAACAACGAGCUCACGAGGAUGAUGUUGAACAAGGUCAAGGUCAUCCUUCAUCCAGAGACGAAGAACCUCUACUUCAAGGGGACGACGAUACUAGCAAUCAGGAGACCCAGCAACUCCAGCCUCAGCAGCCUCCGCAGCAGAACCGUCAGAUUCAGGAUUGGUCAUGGAAGGAUAUUGUUGUCGGACAGCUUGUCCAAUUGACCCAAGCCGUCGUGCCACUCCUCGACGCGAAAACAAAAGGGGAGAAGAUACGUAAUUAUCUCCUCCUGGUCCUCGGUGUCUUAAACAUCGUCUUGGUCGUCUUGUACAUCGGUUUCCAGCUUGUUCGAAUGAUUUUCUACCCCGAGCAAACUUCAGCGCAAAUCAUUGACGCUUUCUUCACUAAGAUUAGCGAAAAAAUCUUAUUCUCCGGCGCGUCUCCAGUAGCCAUUGACGUUCAUUUGGAAGUUCCUGACCUUGCUACUGAAAAUUAG